CGCCAAUAGAAGAAAAUCGUUAAUUCGCGUAGUUGCUGAUAAAACACAGUUUAAUAUCAUACAUCAUAUUAAAACGUUUUUCUAUUGCUGUUAUAUUGAAUGCAAUUAAAUUUACUGUUUUUGAAAACUUUUUAAUUAUUCUAAAUUUGCUAUUAUAAAAUAUUUUUAAAAUGUAUUUAGUUUUUUAAUUUGAAAUCGUAUUGUUGUUGAAAGAUUAUAUAAGCGAUAAUUUAAAAUCUCUGUAAGUUUCUUAAAAUACAUUUUAUUUAAUAAUACAUGUAAUUUAUGGCAAAAUGGCUGCUGAAGAAGAUACUUCCUAUACUAAAUUAUCAAUUGAAGAAAGAUGCAUUCAUAAAUUAUGGAAAGCUAGGAUAAGUGGUUAUGAAGAAGCUAUUAAAGUUUUUGGCCAACUUGAUGAAAAAUCUCCAGAAUGGAAUAAAUUCACAGGAAUUGUAAAAAAAAUUGUAGUUGACAGUAAUGCUGUUGCUCAAGAAAAAGGUCUUGAAGCAACAUUAGUUUUUGUAGAAAAUUCUGGAACUGCUGCACGUACUGUUGGAGAUGUUAUGACAGGAUUAAUAACUAAAUGUUUUGGAGCUCCAAAAGCUAAAACCAAAGAUAUUGCUAUUCAAAUCACUCUUAUGUACAUAGAAAUCGAGAAACAAGAUAUUGUAAUUGAAGAACUAAUCAAAGGAUUGGAUCAUAAAUUUCCAAAAAUUGUAUCUACUUGUAUCAAAGCUGCUACUCUUGCUAUCAAGGAAUUUGGAAUCAAAGUGCUUAAUAUUAAACCAAUAUUAAAAAAAUUACAGUCGUUGUUAGAAGACCGCGAUAAAAGUGUAAGAGAUGAAGCAAAACUAUUGGCUAUUGAAUUAUACUCAUGGAUUGGUCCUACCCCUGUUAGAACACAUUUGGCUAAUCUUAAACCAGUUCAAAUGCAAGAGUUAGAGGUGGAAUUCGAAAAAAUUAAUGAUGUAAAACCUCAUCCAACCCGAUAUUUACGUUCGCAACAAGAACUAGUAGCUAAAAAAGAAGAAGCUAUUGCUUCUAAUGGAGAAGUUGUUAUUGAUGAAGAUAAUAAUGAAGUUGAUGAUCUAGAAGAACAUCUUGACCCUGUAAACAUACUUGGCCAACUGAAUAAAGAUUUUUAUGAAAAAAUUGAAGCCAAAAAAUGGCAAGAGCGCAAAGAAGCAAUUGAUAUGCUUGAAGGAAUAUUAUCAAAAGCUCCUAAAUUAGAAAGUGGAGAAUAUGGUGAUUUAGUUAGAGCGUUAAAAAAAGUCAUAACUAAGGAUAGUAAUGUAAUUAUAGUUGGAAUAGCAUCUAAAUGUAUGGCUAUGUUAGCAAAUGGUUUAAAAAAACGUUUUGAAACCUAUGCUUCAGCUUGUUUACCAGCAUUACUCGAAAAAUUUAAGGAAAAAAAGCAAAAUGUAGUUCUACCUUUAAGAGAAGCUGUUGAUGCCAUUUAUCUGAGUAUGACUUUAGAGUCUAUACACGAAGAUAUUUUAACAGCAAUAGAAAAUAAAAAUCCAUCUGUUAAAGCCGAGUCUGUUGCAUUUUUGGCUCGAUGUUUCACUAAGUGUACUCCGACUAUUUUGAAUAAAAAGUACUUGAAAAUUUUCACAACAGCAUUGAUAAAGACAUUGAAUGAAUCAGAUCCAACUGUUAGAGAUAAUUCUGCAGAAGCAUUGGGAACUGCAUGGAAAGUUGUUACUGAAAAAAAUAUUCUUCCGUUUUUAACUGGAGUCGAUGCCAUCAAAUUAGCUAAAAUUAAAGAAGCUUCAGAAAAAGCUGUUAUUACAGCUAAGCCAGUUUCUGUUAAAGAAUCUAUAAAACCACCUAUAUCUUCUAAAGUAAUUGAUAAAAAGUCUGCAGUUAUAACUACAAAAAAUCCAGUUGUUAAAAAAAAUCGUUUGGUUAUAAGUGGCUCUACUAAAUCUGUUACCUCAACUGUUACUAAAAUAAAGAAACCAAUGAGUGCCUCAGGUGGUAAAAGUCUACCAGUAAAAACAACUCCAACAAUUGAAACUGAAAGAGAAAUAGGAGAUGAUGAAUUGGAAGAUUUGGCAUCACUUAUAUGCUCUUCAGAAAUCAUAAAUGGUAUGACUGAUGUUAACUGGAAAACACGUUUAUCCAAUGUUCAAGAAUUUUUUCAGAUUAUAGAACAAACAGACACAUUAACUUUUAGUAGUCAAGUUCUUGUAAAAUUAUUGAAUAAAAAACCAGGAAUAAAGGAUAAUAAUGUCCAAAUUCAAAAAUUAAGAUUGGAAUGUUUGAAAAAAAUUGUUGAAAAGUUUCCAAUUACUAGUACUAGCAUGGAAAGUUGUUUGCAAGAUGUUUCCUCAUUAUUAGGUGAUGCAAAAAAUGGUAACCUAGCAGGUCAAGUUUUGACUUCCAUGGCUGAAGCAUCUAGACUGGAUUUUGUUUCUAAUGCAGUUUUAGAGUAUGCUUUUACUGUUCAAAAAAAUCCUAAAGUUCAAAUUGAUGCCCUUAAUUGGCUAUCUGGUGCUAUAUUAGAAUUUGGAUUUAUUAUAGAACCUAAAUCUGUCAUGCAAAAUGUUAAAAAGGCUGUUAGUGCAUCAAACCCACAAGUUCGAUUGGCUGUUAUUUCACUUUUAGGUGUUAUGUAUUUAUAUAUGGGUCCUCAAUUAAGUCUUUUUUUUGAAAAUGAAAAACCUACUUUAGUUCAACAAAUAAAUGCAGAAUUUGAAAAACAUCAAGGUGAGGUUCCUCCUAAACCAAUCAGAGGAAAAAAAAUUGAAGGAUCGACAGAAUCUCUUAAUGUUGGAAAUGAUGAUGAAAAACCUACAUAUGAGAUCAAUUUACGUGACAUAGUACCUAGAGUAGAUAUAACACCACAAAUAACCGAUUCAUUAAUCAGUGAAUUAUCAGACAAAGAUUGGAAGGUUCGUUCGGAUGCUUUAAACAAACUGCAGACUAUUGUUACAGAAGCUAGAUUUAUAACAAGUGAAUUAGGUGAAGUAAGAAAAGCAUUACAAGAUAGAAUAACUGAUUCAAAUGCUCGUCUUGCUUCCAAUGCUAUAAACUUGGUUGAAACAAUUGCUAAAGCAAUGGGUUCAUCUUUUAAAAAUUAUAUUAAAGGAUAUUUACCAGGUAUAUUAUUGGCUUUAGGAGAUCCAAAAACAUUUAAAUGCCAAAGUGCAAAACAAUGUAUGAACACCAUAGCAGAUAUUUGUGGAUAUCGAGAAUUUUUUGGCGGAGAGAUUCUUUUGGAUGCUUUAAAAAAUAGCUCUGUAACAUUACGUUCAGAAUUAUUGACAUGGCUUGGAGAAAAACUACCAAUAAUUCCUUCUAAAACAAUUCCUGCUGAUGAGUUAAAAGUAUUAUUAUUACCUAUGUAUAUUAGUUUAGAAGAUAGAAAUGCCAAUGUUCGAAGUGCUUCUGAAAAAGCUGUUAUUGGAUUUAUGAUGCAUUUAGGUUAUGCUACUAUGUUUGGAGCUUGUGAUAAAUUAAAGCCUAUGUCAGUUAAAUUUGUUAGAGAAAAGUUAGAUAAAGAAAGGCCAAAUUUACCUGUAACACCUAUUGAAAAACCAAAAGUUAAAUCAGGUAUUCCAAGCGGACCUUCAGUAAAAUCAGGAGGAUCGAAAAUUCCACCUCCAAAAGCAGCUACUAAAGUUAACAAAGAAAAUAUAAUUCGUGUUAAUACGGCUUCAAAUAGAAAAAAAGAAGAAGUUGAUAAUGGACCAUUAUUCCUUCAAAAUAAUUUAAAACACCAGCGAGAUAUUGAUGAACAUAAAUUAAAAUCUUUAAAAUGGAAUUUCACUGCACCUCGUGAAGAAUUUGUAGAACAACUUCGUGAUCAAAUGGUAACUGCUGGUAUUAAUAAAGUGUUAAUUACAAAUAUGUUUCAUUCAGAUUUCAGAUAUCAUUUGAAAGCAAUUGAAGCUCUUACUGAAGAUUUAACAACAACUGAUGACAAUAACCAGGCCUUAAUGAAUAAUCUUGAUCUAAUUCUUAAAUGGAUGACAUUAAGAUUUUUUGAUACAAAUCCAUCUGUACUUUUGAAAGGUCUUGAUUAUUUACAAAAUAUAUUUGUGAUAUUAAUGGCUCAAAAUUACACUCUUCAUGACACAGAAGCUUCCAGUUUUGUACCAUAUCUAGUUACUAAAUUAGGAGAUUCUAAAGAUACUGUAAGGGAAAAAGUUAGAGCAAUUCUAAAACAGAUAGCUUUUAUUUUCCCUAAUACAAAAAUGUUUCAAUAUAUUAUGGAUGGUGUAAAAUCAAAAAAUUCAAGACAACGUUCUGAAUGCUUGGAACAUUUAGCAUCAAUGAUUGAAGAUUAUGGGACUUCUAUUUGUCAACCAAGUGUUGCAGUUGCCUGUAAAGAAAUAGCGAAAAGCAUUGGUGACCGUGACAAUGCUGUUCGUACAGCUGCUUUAAAUUGCUUUGUUGCAGCUUUCUUUUUACAUGGAGAUGCUUUAUUCAAAUUUGUGGGCAAUAUAUCUGAGAAAGACAUGGGACUCUUAAGGGAACGUCUUAAAAGAGCUUCUAAAAAUAGAGUUGUUCCUGUAGCUACUGUUCAACCAACAAUUAAACAAGUUGCACCACCUGUUCAGCAAGUACCACAAAUAAAUGAGAAUGUAGAUGAUGAUUAUAAUUCAGCUGAUGAAGAGCACAAUGCUACAUUUAAUGUUUCCCAUGAAUCUAAUCAUAAUCAAAGUCCUCUCAGAUAUUCGAAUAACUCUCCCUUGAGGCCAGGAAAUAGUGUUUCAUAUAGAUCUAGCAAUAUAGCUGCAUUGGACAAUUCUUCAUCACUACGAAUGGAAUUUAGACGACCUCAAAAUGACUCUGAAGAUGCUCCAGUAACUCGUUACGCUUUAGAUGAAAAAUUCCUUCAAGAAUUAGAAGCUGAAAAAAUCACUAAACCAGAAUUGAAAUUAAAAUCUUAUAAUUGGAAUUCAAAUUCUAAUGAAGAUGACUUUUAUAAAAAGACACUUGCUACUCAAUCUCAAACUUCUGAUAAUGAGUCCCCAACCAAACCAUCUGUAAAUGUUAGUCCUUACAGUACUGCUACCAUUACUAAAAGUCCAAGAUUAACAACAUUAUCGUCAACUGACCCUAUUAAUAAGCUUAUUCAACAAGUUUCAUCAUCUGAUAUAGAAUAUGCUAAAAGUGCUAUGCAAAAUCUUGAUAAAAUGCUUUUGAGAUCUGAUACUAGAUCAAAAUUUUUAGAAGGUGGAAAAGUUCUAUCCCUUUUUUAUGCCAUCAUCAAACAAUUUGAUAAUCUUUCUGAAUCUCAUGAUGUAGACAUUACUGUUGGUUACAGAAAUAUUUUCAACUUGUGUCUAAAUUUAUUUAAAUACCAAGAGUUUACCCUAAUUUUGAAUGAACAAAUAGUACGUGAUUUACUUUCUAAAUUACUAUAUCUUUUGAGCAUUAAAAGCUCAGAAAAUAAUGCAGAUACUCACCUUUUUGGAAGAUGUGUGAAUAGUCUUAUUAUGAGUGUCUUAGAAAAAUCAGCUCAUACUCCUGUUACUUGUGCAUUAAUGGCAAUGUUGUAUGACACUGUAAAGUUUCCUCAAAAUUCAACUACUCAUUAUAAAGAAUUAGUAAUGAAAUGUAUAUGGAAAAUAGUUAAAGAUUUCCAAGAAUGGGGAGAUGAAUUAUGUUAUGAUAGAGUUUUAACUCAUAUACAUAAAUUUCUUAAAGAAUUUGAUUCAAAAUAUUGGAAGAAACAACAAUCUGAUACACCAUUAAGGACUUGUAAAACUGUUCUUCAUACAAUGGUUAAGACUCGUAGUAAUAAGGUUCUUGAAUGUUUACAAAGUCCAGAAUUUCCUAAUGAGUCUGAAAUGGUUACUUAUAUUCAUAAACUUUUAAGGCACUUAAGUAACGAACCUAGACCAGAAAGUAGUAAACGUAGACAUCGAACACCUCAUGAUGAACUUACAGAUAUAUUUUAUAUUAUUGGGCAACCUGAAAAUACUGACGAAGGCAUUCAACAAUUGCAUAGAUUUAAAAUAAAACACCCUAACAUUGAUAUUGACCCAUACAUUUCUAAGACUACUAAAUAUUUCCAAGAUUACAUUCAUCGCAAAUUGUCUGCUAUUGAGGAUAAUUUAAAAAGUUGUUUAGUUGAACCAAAAGAUAAUAAUGAUAGAUCUACUCCUAUAACUUCUACUCCAACGCGUAAGACUGACUCAAGUGUAUUCACUGAAGCUGAUGGAUUCAUGAAACGGUUACAAGUAUUGAAAAUGAAAGCUGCUAGAGAUGAAAGAAAUGAAGCUGCAAAUUUAGAAUUUAAUGGAAAUGAUAGAUCAAGAGACAAUUUUCAAGAUGAUGAUCUUCCCACGCUCAACACAAGCCGUUCAUCUCUUAAAUAAAUAAAAAUUCCAUUCGUACAAUUAUAGUAAAUAUUUUCCAAGCAAUUUUUGUAAAAUAACAAAAUAUUUUAUUGAUUGUUAAAAACCCUUAAUUUCUGCUAAGACUGAAACCUAUUAUUAAAAUUGACCCUAAAUGUAUUGCUGUUUCAUGUAUUAUUUUAUAUUAUUCUUUGUAUUUUUUUUUUUUUUUACAUGCCUCAUUAAAAGUAAUUAGAUAAA